UGAGGAGUCGCUCGUUCCGCUCGAGGUCGCAGAGGGAUUAGCCUAAAUUGAAAAGGUGUCAGACCAGGUCCCCUAGCGCGCACGAUUCAGUCGAACUGCCUGGCGAGGAUGACAUUAUUUUAUUGACCUUCAGUAAAACAAGGAUUAGGAAAAGAGCUGAAUGAAAUCAGAGUUUGACUUUCAACCACUUAUCAGAAAGUCGUCUGGAUAUUGUUUCGCUAGCAGCAUAACUUCUUCAUACACACGUCUUCUGUGCGGUCUGCUCCUUGAGCCUCGGCUCCAAGCACCUGAUAAACGCUAGCUGAGCACUACUCUACACUCCUCCAAUCUUUCAACAGGGACCGGACAACCUGUGAACACAUUUACAAUACUGGUUGGCGGCAACAGCUGAGAACCCGACACACACCUUGCCCUAAGGACAAUUCCAGGCAGACUCCAUUUGAUUUACAUCAGGACAGACAACCAGUCCCCAUACACAAACACACACUCUGGAAACCAAGCAACCAACAGAAGGCAGAGGAACACAGCCUCUAACAACCAACUACCCCACCUAUCUCACCAUCUCACCCAGUUGAUGCCUAGCCUAACCUAGGCCCGGAGAUAAAAAUGUUCUCUGCUGGCUGUUCUGGUUGAUUCCUAUCUGACUGACACAGGCAGGCAGACAGACUGGCUGGUUUGGCCGUUUUGUGACGCUCUUCUGUACGUUCAUCAUCAUUGUGUAUCUGAAGGAAUCAACAUGCACCUGACUAGGUAAGGUUGAGGCCUCGACUGCCAAGGACCACUUAGACGCGGUUGAGACAACUGACCUCGUAAGGACCGUGUGUGGUUUCUGGUAACUGGUGUGGUGGUCAGUCAUGGGUAAGGAACAGGACUUCCUGGUGGCAGUGAAGAGUGGAGACAUCCUCCUGGCACACAAACUUCUGGCCAAGGUUAAAUACAACAAAAACAAGUUGCUGAGUUCCACAAAGAGGCUGAACAUCAACUAUCAGGACUCAGAUGGGUUUUCAGCGUUACACCAUGCAGCUCUAACGGGCACCACUGAACUGCUGUCUCUAUUACUGGAGGCUCAAGCCACUGUGGACAUCAAAGACACCAAUGGUAUGCGUCCGCUCCACUAUGCAGCGUGGCAGGGUAAAGCUGACUCUGUGUUGCUGCUACUAAGAGCUGGAGCAUCAGUUAACACACCGUCACAGGAUGGACAGAUACCUCUACACCUGUCUGCACAGUAUGGACACUACCAGGUGUCUGAGAUGUUACUCCAGCACCAGUCUAAUCCAUGUCUGUUGAACAAAGCCAACAAGACCCCUCUGGACCUGGCUUGCGAGUUUGGCAGACUCAAGGUGGCUCAGUUGUUAUUGAGCAGUAACAUGGUGGUAGCUCUGUUGGAGGGGGAGGGGCUAGACGGUCUAGACUCUGCCUCCUCCAACACACCCCUUCACCUGGCCGCUCGCAAUGGACACAAAGACAUCAUCAGGUUGCUACUGAAGGCUGGUAUAGACAUCAACAGAGCCACUAAGGCUGGGACCUCUCUGCACGAGGCUGCCCUCUAUGGCAAGACGGAAGUAGUGCACCUGCUGCUGGACGCUGGUAUUGAUGUAAACCUAUGUAACACGUACAACCAGACAGCUCUGGACAACGUUAAUCAGUUCACCACCUCAUCAGCCAGCAAGGACAUCAAGAUACUAUUACGAGAAGCGUUAGGGUCUCUCCAGGUGAGAGCGGUGAAGGACUACUGGAACCUUCAUGACCCUACAGCCCUCAACCUCCGAGCAGGAGACCUCAUUAUGGUGUUGGAGCAGCACAUGGACGGGAGGUGGAAAGGUUAUAUCCAUGACAACCAGAGAGGAACGGACCGGAUUGGAUACUUCCCUCCGUCUGUAGUGGAGGUCAUCAGCAGGAGAGCAGGGGGUACUCUCUCACGUCAGGUCUCGUUGCCAAGCCAACGGCAGCAGCACUUCCUGUCCAGAGCUCCUCCCACCAGUAUUGGCCCCACCCCCCAGACUGAUGACUCCUACACCUUGUACUACGACCACGCAGGUACCUGUACACCUGGCAGUCUCCUUUCAGCCCCAGCUAGUCCAGCUAGCCCCAGUGAGGACAUAUGGGUCCUCAGGAACUCUCACACUGCAGGAGACAGGAACAGUGUUGGCAGUGCAGGCAGCAGUGCAGGUAGUGUGGGCAGCAGUCGUAGUGCUGGCAGUGGGCAGAGCUCCGAGAACAGCUUUGGACAGAACGGGUCACACACUCGCCAAACCACAGCCACAUUGGGUUCCUACAUGGCCAAGCUGGCUCCCUCUGCUGGUGAAUCAGAACAGCAGUUUCGCUCAGUAGGACCAGCCCACAGCAAACAACCUGAUGGAACUACAGGUGGUCUGCGUCAUCAGGUCAGCGGUAGUACUCGGUCGGGGGAGCAGGGUGGCUUCAUGCGUCCAGAUCAGCUCCUUGAGGGCAGGGACUCUGAGGCCAUCUACCAAUGGUUGUGUGAGUUCCAGCUGGAGAGCUACACUGCUAACUUCCUUACAACAGGAUACGAUGUGCCUACUAUCAGUAGGAUGACCCCAGAGGACCUGACAGCUAUCGGUGUGACCAAGCCAGGCCACCGUAAGAAGAUCUCCAUGGAGAUAGGCAACCUAAACAUCCCAGAAUGGCUACCUGACUACAUCCCUUCUGAGCUGUCAGAGUGGUUGAGUGCGAUUGGUCUCCCUCAGUACCAGAAAAGACUGUGUGAGAACGGUUAUGACACCAUCAGCAUCGUCAAGGAUAUCACAUGGGAAGAGUUAUCGGAGAUAGGAAUCACUAAACUGGGUCAUCAGAAGAAGCUGAUGUUAGCCGUGAAGCGUUUAUGCGACCUGCAUCGUUCUCGUCACCAUGCCAAUGGCUCCGGCACGCUACGGUGUAGUAAACCCCUCGCGGCUCUGGAGCUGGUGGCUAUCGAGCCCCCCGAGCCCCCUGCCGACUGCUGCCCCCCAUCCCCCCACACUCCCAGGUCACCCCUCCUUUCCUUUCAGGACAGCGAGCUGAGCACAGAGCUACAAAACGCCAUGAUGGGCAGGGCAGGAGGAGGAGGGGUGGGGAUAGGGGGGUUUGGGAUGGGUGUGAGAGGUGUGGUGAGGGGUGUGGUGUCGCCGAUGUCGCUCAGCCAGGAGAGCAUUGGAACGCGCUCCCGCGGAUCUGGGAAUUCUGGGAAUUUUUCAGGAUAUUCCCAAGAGCUUCACCAACAGACUCUGGCAUCGGCUGGAGCGUACAGUCGCUCAGACGAGAGCCUGGGGGGAGUGGGAGGAAGAUGGGCGAGACAGGGGGGAGGAGGGAGUCCAGAGAGAGACAUGCAGAGACCCACAGAGUUGUGGUCAGACCAGCUGCGCCAGCCCCCCACUAAACUACCCAUCACCCCUAUCACCCCUCCUCUCACCCCCAGCAAGAUGCCCCGCUUCGCCUACCCAGCUGUGCCCAGUAAACCCAAACCCUGCCAGUCCCCUACCCACCACCACCGCCCCUCCUUCUCUCCCCAGGCCUCCCCCACACAGAGGACCUUCAGUUACCUCCACACCCAGGGAGGAGGUACCGAUCUGGGCCAGCGUGGUCUAUCCAAGCCCCAUGCUGGAGCUGUCCCCCUCCCAGGACUAGGCCUCAACACAGAGGCGCUUAAGGGCCCUAAGAAACGCAUCCAGAGUCUGACCCACUAUUCCCUGUCAGAUGGAGAACCGGAAGACGAUGAGUUAUCGGCGCAGGAAUCCGUUCCCCCGGUGACCAUGCCCGCGUACGCCACACUAGGACGCAAACCAGGCCGCAGCCAAUCCUCCGCCGUCCAACGCCACAUCAGCCGGAGCCACACAUUCGCUGUGCGCUCUCGCCGCAAAGGCCCGCCCCCACCGCCACCUAAGAGGUUGAGCUCGGUGAGUGGCAGCCAGGCCAAUGAAUCAGGAGGAGCAGCAGUAGUGUCAGUGGAGGUGCCAGGGGUGGAGACUGAGAGUGCAGGCAGUGUGAGGAGCAUCGCAGCCAGGCUACAGGGGUCCGGGCCCAGGGGCAGUCCCUCUAAGGGGGUAGAGUUACCCUCCCCACGCACCCCCACCCUCGCCUCCCACAAACCUGUACCCGCUCUGGGGCUGGAAGGCCUGAGGAGGAUGGGGAGCGAGCGGAGGGAUAGAGAUGGAGGGAUAGAGAGAAUCCCAGAAGAGGAGGGGGAGAGAGGGAGGAAGAGUGGUUCAGUAUUGGAAAGCUCUACAUCGCUUCAGAGGAGCUCCAGUGAGAACCUCCCCUUCGCGGAGGAGGGCAACCUCACCAUCAAACAGCGGCCCAGGUUGGGAGCAGGUUGCCGGGCAGAGCCUGAAAUCCAACCCCAGGCUUCUCUAGAAGACCCAAAUAUGCAGCCCCCAAAGUCCCUGGAGGUCCCAGAGUUCAACCUCAAAGAGUCGGACACGGUCAAACGGCGGCGUCAGCCCAAAGACCGGGACACACACACACUGGAUGAGAUCUUUACCCCCAGCGAAGAUGACGCACACACACAGCCGCACACACACAGCCGGUCCAACGGCUCCCACACACACACAAACGGAGACAUACAGAGUGAGGAGGAAGCAGGUGUGAGGUCAGAGCGCAGUUUACAGAGAGUAGGAUCGACAGGGAAAGGCCAGAAACCACCUCUGUCCUCCAAACCAACCAGCCCUCCCCUCAAACCAGCUGGUCAACAGAUACACACAACUACAUCUAAACCAGGCAGUCAACAGAAGACAGCAACAACGUCCAAAUUAGGCAGCACACACAACCAUAUAACCACUCCUAUACCAGCCAAUCAACAAAUACACACAACUUCAUCAAGACCAGCCAGUCAACAGACACGGGCAAAUAUCCAUAUACCAGCCAGCCCACAAAAUACACGCACAACCAACUCUAUACCAAUCAAUCCACAGAAACUAGUAACAUCAACCAAACCAGCCAGUCCACAGAAAACAAUAACAUCCAAGCCAGUAAAUCACCAGAUGCCUGCUACUGUCUCUAGACUUCCCCAGCGCAGCACAUCCAUAACGUCAGCCCCUACAGCCCGUUCCCCUGGUGUGACUCUCAAUGUGGUCCAGAGUGUGGUUUUCACUUCCCCAGCCCAGGCAGCCCCCGUUUCAUCCUACCGCACCUCAGGGCCUCCAGGCCAGGUAGGGCGAGCAGUAAAGGCCCAGACUGGUAAGGCCUGCUCGGAGGUACUGGUUCAGAGGAGGCUGGAUGAGACCAGCACAUCACUCGAGGAAGCGCUGAAAGAUGUAGAGAGGAAACUGGCUCAGGACUACACUGACGGUGGCAGUGGCACAGUGAAAGCAGCAGGGAAUAUUCUGGAUGACAUCGGCAACAUGUUUGGUGACCUCGCUGACCAGCUGGAUGCCAUGUUGGAUUAAAUCCUCUUCAUUUCACUCAAGGCAAACUGAAUAGGAUCAGCUGGGUUCAAUGGAUUGGGUUGCCUAGAUACAUAGGUUAUGACCCAAAUGGCACCCUAUUCACUAUAUAGUGCACUACUUUGGACCAGAGCCCUGUGUGCCCUGGUCAAAAAUAUUGCACUAUGUAGGGAGCCAUGCAGAACGGUGCCCUAAACUUACUUAGACUGAUCUGCAUGUUUCCAACAUCCACUCUCGUAGGGUGGAUGACAGAAAGUAUGAGGGAGGUGAAGAAAGAGGGGAAAGGAAGGGUGAGGGAAUGUGAAAGGGAUAGGGGAGCCGUAGGGUUGAGAGCAGGGAGGCACAAUGUGGAGAGCAGAUAUCUUACACAAACACUUUGUCAUCAGAAUUUUUUACGCAAGCGCUUACUGAGGGAUACACCUUACUGAGGGAUACACCUUACUGAGGGAUACACCUUACUGAGGGAUACACCUUACUGAGGGAUACACCUUACUGAGGGAUACACCUUACUGAGGGAUACACCUUACUGAGGGAUACACCUUACUGAGGGAUACACCUUACUGAGGGAUACACCUUACUGAGGGAUACACCUUACUGAGGGAUACACCUGUAAGUUGUGUUGUUGGAAUAGCAUCAGUGAGAGGCACACACACCAGGACUUAUCUAAACUGAAGCACAUAACCCUGGAUCAAUGGUUUUGCUAGGCAGACGGCACAAUAACACAGACAAGUGUACUGUGAUUUAUGACAUUGAGCACAGGUUUGACAGAGCAUGCGUGGCUUUGCUACAGCUUUGCGCUGAGCCAACCAGAUUUUGCCACAGCGGGAAUAAGGGUCCAUUUUUAACAUGUAUGUAUUGUAAGUUGUAUUAUAUUCUCGUCUUAAACUUUACCCAAUGUUACGUUAAAAAAGUGUGUCAAUAUUUUUAGCAUGAGAUAAAUCUUUAACGUUCCUGAAAACUAAAUUCUCAGUUUACUUUGCAUUUGUUUUAACCAAGGGAGCACCUAUUUACUUCAAUGUUAAGUGUAACUAUGUCAUUUCAAAGUACUUUCAUUUGUUUCAUCUUAUGUUAUUUAACAUGUAAUAUACUAUAGUUUGGUUGAUUAUUGUUUGAGUUGGGUAAGUAUCUAUAAGAUGACAAAUUAUCUGAAUUAAAUUCCAUGCUUAUGUA